AUGACCAGUCCCGUCGCAAAGUCGUUGUGGGUUCUGCUGCUGCGGUGGUUGCUCCUUUCAGCAACCCGUACGAGCCAACUCCCGCCGGCAGGCGUUGCCGAAGCGGCGGAAGUGCAGGGUGGUGGGCCGAUCACCCUGCCGGGCUGCCCCGACAAGUGCGGCGGCGUCAGCAUCCCGUACCCCUUCGGCACCAAGGCCGGCUGCUUCCUGCCUGGCUUCCAGAUCGUCUGCAACGACACGUUCCGUCCCCCUCGCCCCUUCCUCGCCAACCCCAAACUCGACAAGACCAGCCCUGUGCUGUGGAUUCAAGACUCCUGCGGCAGCUACGGCUCCACCAAGAAUUGCGGCUACAGUGGAUCCUACAUGCCUGUGGAGUUCAUCGAUGCCUGGGCGCCGCUGGGGCAAGCGCGGGUGUACGCCGCCUUCAGCUUCGACUGCAGCGCCAACGACGUCGGUGGCUCCUGGCUCAGAACGCAGCUCAUAGACACUGCAACGUCGCCGUUCAUCCUGUCAAGGACCGGUAACCUUCUCGUCGGCAUCGGAAGUCGUGUGCAGGCCAAUCUCCUGGGCGCAUGGCCUGGCACGACAUACGGUCUGGACGACGGAUACCUGGCGCUGUGCGCUUCGGUAGUCAACCCGCCGGCCGUGCCCACCGAUGGCGCACCAUGCGUGGGAAUCGGCUGCUGCCAGUUCGACAUGCCGCCGGACCUCCGCUGCAGCCGCACCACGGUCAAGGUUCUAAAGCGCAGUGGCCCGAGCCCGACUCCGACCAACUCAUGCUCCUUCGCUAUGCUGGUGGAGAAGUCCUGGUAUAACUUCUCCGCGAGUGACCUCCAUGAUGACGGCUUCUUGCGCAGGAACGUUGAAAGGGGAGUGCCCGUCGUCCUGGACUUCGCCAUCAGGGACGUCGACGCUGCGUGCCCCGCGGCAGGCACACCGUUGCCUACGGCCUGCCGUAGCGGCAACAGCACGUGUGCCAAUGCAACCAACGGGCCUGGUUAUGUCUGCAAAUGCAAGGAUGGAUAUGAUGGCAACCCUUAUAUUCCUGACGGAUGUCAAGACAUCGACGAGUGUGCCCAUAGAGAUGUGUACCCUUGCUCGAGUGAUGGGAUCUGCAUAAACAGGCAAGGGUCCUACGACUGCCCUUGCAAACCUGGGUGGAAAGGCGAUGGCAAAGCUGGAACUUGCUCGGAAAAAAUUCCUCUUCCUGCUAAAGUAGCAGUCGGUGCAAUAUCUAGUCUUCUAGUAAUGGGAAUCGUUGUGUUCAUUGUGUUGCUUCGCAAGGAGAAAGGAAAGAUGAGGGAUUUUUUUAUUAAGAAUGGCGGUCCCACAUUAGAACAAGUCAAGAACAUAAAGAUUUAUAAAAUGGAGGAUCUCAAGCCAAUUCUGAAAAAGGGCAACAUUGUAGGAAAAGGUUUCUUUGGUGAGGUGUACAAGGGACAUCUUGAAAAUCAACUAGUAGCAGUAAAGAAGCCAAACAACACUGAUGUGCAAAAGAAAGAACAGUUUGCUGAUUUUGCUAAUGAAGUCAUCAUCCAAUCUCGAAUUAUCCACAAGAACAUUGUCAAGCUGAUAGGUUGUUGCCUAGAAGUUGAUAUGCCAAUGCUAGUCUACGAGUUUGUUUCCAAUGGCAGUCUCCAUGACCUUCUUCACGGAAGCAAAAAGGAUCCUCUAGAUUUGAACAUGCGUUUAAGUAUUGCUGCUGGAUCAGCUGAAGGUCUGGCUUACAUGCACUCCAAAACCAGUAACACAAUCCUGCAUGGUGAUGUUAAGCCAGCAAAUAUACUUUUGGAUGAUAACUUUCUGCCGAAAAUCUCUGACUUUGGCAUAUCAAAGCUUAUUGCCAAAGACCAGGAACAGCAUGCAACUAUCGUCGUCGGUGAUCCCAUUUAUAUGGAUCCAGUAUAUCUACAAACUGGACUCUUGACAAAGCAAAGUGAUGUCUACAGUUUCGGAAUUGUGCUCUUAGAACUGAUCAGCAGGAAGAAAGCCACAUACUCUGACAACAAUACCUUAGUGACGAGUUUUCUUGAUGCUCAUAAAAAUAAUCAGGGAGUAACCGAGCUGUUUGAUGAGGAAAUUGCGUUAACAGGGGACCUCGAGGAUAUUGACAAUAUCGUGGGGAUUGCUGUGGAAUGUCUUAAUCUUGAUGUGCAUCAGAGACCAGAGAUGACAAAUAUAGCAGAGCGCCUUCUUGUGUUGAAGAGAAAGCGAAAUGGUUAAAAUCUCAGAUCUGAUGUCAGCAAAGUCGAUGCAUGUUGUGGUCUGAAAUUUGUUUAUGUGGAUUAAGAUCGACACUCUGAUUGUUAUUUGAGUCUAUGCUCUAUGAUUUUAUUUUCAGCUUUGUUGUAGUGGAAUAAGAGUGUCAAGUUUGUAAUAUUAUGUUAAGGCACAUCUAGUAGCCCUUCAGUUGCAUUAUGUACCCAAAAAACCAACCAACCACGUGCUUGCAAAUGAAAAAUAAUUG